AUCGGGCUGUGGCAGAGAGAGGAGAAGUAAUAGCCUGACUCCCUCCGUGGUUAAUCUUCCCGGAGCGUUAGCAGCAACGACUAUUCUGAAGAUUAGAUCUGCGUUUCCCAUCACGACUGGAGCAAAGAUUUAAUCAUUCCUCGGUGUACUAAAGCAAAGACGAGUUGUCGAGGUCGGCUGUAGCCAGAUUUGAAGUUAAUCUUCUGAACGUAUCCAUGUUUGCGGAUCAACACCGGCUUGGCGGUGCCCUCAAUUGAGUGUGCGCACAGGGGAGACGCUCACAGUUUCACUGUUCUAAGUAUACGCUGCCAACGGUAAAAGAGGAGAUACAUUGUUUUCGGGACUAUCUGAAAUGGGGAGUCAAAAACUGCUAACACAAAUGGGAUUCUAGAAUUGGAAAACGGGUCUCAUUCUGAGUUUUAUAAGGAACUAUUCCAAAAGGAGAAAAUUUGUGUUUUUAUUUCUCUCAACACUAAUGUAUAAGAGGAAAAAUGUGGGUCGGAUGUCGAUUUCUGUUCGAUACGGAUACGAGAACUGGCAAGAUAUCAGCAUGAAUUAAAAGCACAAAGAAAGAAAAAACAGACAUCAAUGUUCAUUUUUAUUUUGGAGCGAGUACCAUGGCGAAAAGGAAGGGACUGGUGUUUUCGCUGCUUUACUUGAUGGCAGAGUUUUGGCUGAGUUGGCAGCAAGUCCUUAGAAUCGGGGGUAUCUUUGAGACCCUUGAGAAUGAGCCCAUUAGUGUGGAGGAGCUGGCCUUUAAAUUCGCUGCGACAAACAUCAACAGGAACCGGACCUUAAUGCCCAACACCACACUGACCUACGACAUUCAGAGAAUAAACCUCUUCGACAGCUUCGAAGCCUCCAGAAGAGCCUGUGACCAGUUGGCUCUGGGUGUCGGGGCGGUGUUUGGUCCCUCUCACAGCUCCUCCGUCAGUGCUGUCCAGUCCAUCUGCAAUGCUCUGGAGGUACCCCAUAUUCAGACCCGGUGGAAACACCCCUCUGUGGACAACAAGGACAGCUUCUACAUCAACCUGUACCCAGAGUAUGCCUCCAUCAGCAGAGCCAUACUGGACAUCGUACAGUACUACAAGUGGAAGACAGUCACCGUGGUUUACGAGGAUGCAACUGGGUUAAUUCGUCUUCAGGAGCUGAUCAAAGCUCCGUCCAGGUACAGCAUCAAGAUUAAGAUUCGCCAGCUGCCGACGGAGAGUAAAGACGCCCGGCCGUUACUAAAGGAGAUGAAGAAGGGGAAAGAGUUCUAUGUUAUCUUCGACUGUUCCUACCAGACCUCCGCAGACGUACUCAAACAGAUCAUGUCCAUGGGGAUGAUGACUGAGUAUUACCACUUCUUCUUCACUACUCUGGACCUAUUUGCUCUGGACCUGGAGCCGUACAGGUACAGCGGUGUGAACAUGACCGGAUUCCGCCUCCUCAACAUAGACAACCCCCAGGUCGCCUCCGUGGUCGACAAGUGGUCCAUGGAGCGCCAGCAAGCCCCGCCCAAACCAGAGACGGGCAUGCUGGAUGGCAUGAUGACGACUGAGGCAGCGUUGAUGUAUGAUGCUGUGUACAUGGUGGCAGCAGCCUCCCAGCUCUCCACUCAGAUCACUGUCAGCUCACUGCAGUGCCACAGACACAAACCCUGGCGCUUCGGAGCACGAUUCAUGAACAUGUUCAAAGAGGCGACGUGGAACGGAUUGACAGGACAGAUCAUUAUAAACAAGACAGACGGUUCGAGGAAAGACUUUGACCUGGACGUCAUCAGUCUGAAGGAAGACGGCUUGGAGAAGACGAUCGGGGGCAAUAGCCACCUCAAUAAAGUGUGGAAAAAGAUUGGAUUGUGGAACUCCAACAACGGCCUUAACCUUACCGAAAGUCUGAAGGAUACGGGGACUAACAUCACAGAUUCCAUGGCCAACAGGACUCUGGUCGUCACCACUAUCCUGGAAAACCCUUACGUCAUGUACAAGAAGUCUGACAAGCCUCUGUACGGUAACGACCGGUUCGAAGGUUACUGCCUGGACCUACUGAAGGAGCUGUCCAACAUCCUGGGAUUUGCCUACGAGGUUAAACUGGUAUCUGACGGGAAGUAUGGAGCUCAAAACGAUAAGGGAGAAUGGAACGGCAUGGUGCGGGAACUCAUAGACCAUGUAGCAGACCUGGCUGUGGCUCCUCUGACCAUCACCUAUGUGAGGGAGAAGGUGAUAGACUUCUCUAAACCCUUUAUGACCUUGGGAAUCAGUAUCCUGUACCACAAACCCAACGGCACCAACCCUGGAGUGUUCUCCUUCCUCAACCCCCUGUCUCCUGACAUCUGGAUGUACGUACUACUGGCCUGCCUCGGAGUCAGCUGUGUCCUGUUUGUCAUCGCCAGGUUUACCCCCUAUGAGUGGUACAACCCUCACCCCUGUAACCCUGACUCUGACGUGGUGGAGAACAACUUCACUCUCAUCAACUCUGUCUGGUUUGGGGUGGGAGCUCUGAUGCAGCAAGGAUCUGAGCUGAUGCCUAAAGCCCUGUCUACGAGGAUAGUAGGAGGCAUCUGGUGGUUCUUCACCCUCAUCAUCAUCUCCUCUUACACGGCCAACCUGGCUGCCUUCCUCACCGUGGAGAGGAUGGACUCUCCCAUCGACUCGGCUGACGACCUGGCCAAGCAGACUAAGAUAGAGUAUGGAGCUGUGAGAGACGGAUCAACAAUGACCUUCUUCAAGAAAUCCAAGAUCUCCACCUAUGAGAAGAUGUGGGCGUUUAUGAGCAGCAGGAAGAACACAGCUCUGGUGAAGAACAACAGAGAGGGGAUCCAGAGAGUCAUGACCACAGACUACGCUCUCCUCAUGGAAUCCACCAGCAUAGAGUACAUCAGUCAGAGGAACUGUAACCUCACGCAGAUCGGAGGCCUCAUAGACUCUAAGGGCUACGGCGUAGGCACUCCCAUAGGCUCCCCCUACAGAGACAAGGUGACCAUCGCCAUCCUGCAGCUCCAGGAAGAAGGGAAGCUCCACAUGAUGAAGGAGAAGUGGUGGAGAGGGAACGGUUGUCCUGAGGAGGACAGUAAGGAGGCCAGCGCCUUGGGAGUAGAGAACAUUGGUGGCAUUUUCAUAGUGCUAGCAGCCGGACUGGUUCUCUCUGUGUUUGUAGCUAUCGGAGAGUUCAUUUACAAAUCCAGGAAAAACUUGGACAUAGAGGAGGUGAGUGUAGGGCAGUGUGAGUGGCAUCAUAAGUACUAACAGAAAAAAAGGUGCUCCGAGACUGUUAUUAUGGACCUUCUACAUAGAGUAGGUUGCUAUGGACAUUAUACACACAGUCAGUCAGUUGCUAUGGACAUUAUACACACAGUCAGUCAGUUGCUAUGGACAUUAUACACACAGUCAGUCAGUUGCUAUGGACAUUAUACACACAGUCAGUCAGUUGCUAUGGACCUUAUACACACAGUCAGUCAGUUGCUAUGGACAUUAUACAAUACACACAGUCAGUCAGUUGCUAUGGACAUUAUACAAUACACACAGUCAGUCAGUUGCUAUGGACAUUAUACAAUACACACAGUCAGUCAGUUGCUAUGGACAUUAUACAAUACACACAGUCAGUCAGUUGCUAUGGACAUUAUACAAUACACAGAGUCAGUCAAUUGCUAUGGACAUUAUACAAUAUACACAGUCAGUCAGUUGCUAUGGACAUUAUACAGCACAUAGAGUUAUACCGUUAGUCAGUCAGUUGCUGUGGACUUUAUACAUUACAGUACACCCAUUCAGACUGUUAUGGACUGUACACACAGUCGGUUGCUAUGGACCGUGCACACAGCCGGUUGCUAUGGACCGUGCACACAGUCGGUUGCUAUGGACCGUACACACAGUCUGUUGAUAUGGACCGUACACACAGUCGGUUGCUAUGGACCGUACACACAGUCUGUUGUAAUGGACCGUACACACAGUCUGUUGCUAUGGACCGUACACACAGUCUGUUGCUAUGGACCGUACACACAGUCGGUUGCUAUGGACCGUACACACAGUCGGUUGCUACGGACCGUACACACAGUCGGUUGCUAUGGACCGUACACACAGUCUGUUGAUAUGGACCGUAUACACAGUCAGUUCCUAUGGACCUUAAACACACAAAGUUAGUUGCUUUUAUGAAUGUUGUUUUCUCGUCAAAGGACAGCUUCUUUUUUUUAUCAGGACAACUUGUUUCAUCAGGCCAACAGUUUGGAUUUGGGGAACUGCAGUGCAACAAUCACACACAAAUGACUUUAUUGUAGAGUAGGCCUAGUGUUUGACGUACUUUUGAUUUAGAUAACAAUGAACAUUUUAUUCCUUUAUUGGCACAAUAUCUUAUUUAUAACGAGAGUCACAGUCGUUUAAGGGAGGCACACCACUUGACUGUCUUGGCCUUGCUGUUUCUGUGUGAAAAUGUAUUAUUUUGUGUCAUGACAUGAUACUGUAGGUAAGUGAUGAAGAUAUAAGGUUUCACUGGAGGUUAAUACGCACCAUUACUGAAAUAUAACAUGUUAAUUACAUUUACUGAUCUAUAACUUAUUGAUUACAUUUAACUAAUGAUUAGGUUUGAGGAUAUCAUGUUUUGCUUGCAAAUGUUUGCAAAUUUACAUCCAGGUAUUUGUACAGCAUAACGUAACAGUAUUGCUUCUUCUGACCACCUUUGCUUGUAUUCAUAUAUAUGAAAAUAUCUGAAUGAUUGUAUGUACAUGUGAGUGAGGUUUUUCCGAAUCAUUUAUGGAUGAGAUGCCCCUUGAGACUUUAUUCAUUGAGUUGCUUUCAUUCUUUGAUUUUUGUAUCAUUUGACGUUCAUGAAAAUGCAUGUAAAAGUUGUCAUGUUUGUUUUGUUUAUGAACGACUAAAGUUAUGUGGAGAACGUGA